AUGGCCGGAAAUACUGUGUUCUCAGAUACUACCCAGAGGCAAUCAAGCUCACUUUUCGACUCCAUCGUGGACAACAGCGAGUUAGAGGCGCUGGGAAUGAGCAGCACACGAAAACAGCAAGAACGUGAUCUCGGCUCUCGUAUAUCUGAGUGGCUUAACAGAGAGGAAAAGGCAAGUCUCUACAUGUCGACAAAAAAGAUCUCGGUGCGAAAACGGCGCACCAUGUUUGUGGUAUCGUUUGGCACCUGGGAUCUCUGGAAGCUUGCCGAACAAGACAUUGAGAUGGCUCAAUCUUCUGCUGAACGCAUUGUGGACAAAUUGUUUAUUCACUUGAACAACUUGGCAAUUAAGUGGUCCACGAGUGACACAAAGGUAAUACUCUCCCUUCCUGUUGAUAUGACGUUUCUGCCUGCAUUCAAAGUACGGCAGGGGGUCAAUCAAAAGGAUGCUAUUCUGUUAUUAGAGCACUGGCACGAGCGAGUGCGCGGAUACGCCGAACAAUGGCAGCACGGUUCCCUUUUCUUGCUUGAUGCCAACUCUUUUGUGAUCGACCAGGUGCGAAGGAGGCAGCUCUGGGUGGGGGGCCUGAUAAACAACGAAGAAUUCGGAAAAGACGGCGUAGCGUGGGAAAACGUCGACGAGCCUUGCGUAAACGUAACGCAGCUCCCGCCGAAACAGAGCCACUGCAGCAAUCCGGAAAAGUUUCUAUUCUGGGACUCACUUCAUCUGGGACCCGCGGCCCAGAAAUCAUUGGCAACGGAAGUCUUUCACGCUGUCAAUGGAUCAUGGUUAGCUGAGCAGUCGCCGCUAGCCGGGCAGCAAUGA